AUGGUAUCACACUGUGUGGGAAGGGUACAGGCAACCAGACAUUUAGAAAGAUCAGUAUGGUUUGGUCAGUUUCGGUGGAUUCACAGGAGUAGAAACCCACCAGAUAAUGCACCCACAUUGAAUGAAAAUGACGAAUGGUUAAAUCGAUUGAAUCAGAAUCCCUAUAGUAAUGAUGAUACGAUUCAACUUACUUCCACUAGAAAUCUGUUUAAAUCUUAUAAACCUGCUAAAAUGAUCGAUUUUGAAAUAAUGGAAACCAACGGCAGAUAUGGCAAUAAUAUUAAGAUUACUAGUCCAUUGUUGAAUUUCAGUUCGAUGAAUUAUUUGAAGCAACUUGAUAGACAACGGAAUAAAGAACAACUGUAUCGUCAAGGGAAUUUCCAAGAUACCAAGAUAAUUUGCUGUAAGAGUGGGCAUGGGGGAGACGGCUGUGUUUCAUUCUUUAGGGAUGCGAAUAGAAGAAUAGGUCCACCAGAUGGUGGAGAUGGGGGUCAUGGUGGUAGUAUAUAUAUUCAAGCAGUGAAAGGUUUAAAUUCGUUGACCAAAUUAAAAACUCGGUAUGUGGCACCUGAUGGUCGAUCAGGACAAGCGGGUCAAUUGGAUGGAGCAAAAGGGAAAGAUAUAUUGAUUAAAGUACCUGUUGGUUCCACAAUUCGUUGGUGUAUAGAUCCUAAGUUGGUAAGAGAUAGAAUUUCCCAACGUCUAAGUUCUCAAUUAAAUGUUUCAGCCUUAUCAGUAUCAUUGAGAAAUAUUUUAAAGGAUGAAGAAGUUACACUGGAUUGUAUAAAGACAGAUUCACAAAUUUCCCCGAAUAUCAAGCUUUCAAGAGAAUCUUAUAUUGGACCUGAAAUUAAUUCUGUUCCUAAAGAUAUUUCUCCAAAUUGGAUCUUUAAAGAUAAAACAUUAGAAUACCAUAUGGAAAAACAUUGGUUUGUAGACUUAAAUAAUAAGAUGAAACAAUAUGACAGAAAUUUAUUAUUUGAAGAAAGAAAGAACGAUGUAUUCCCAUUGUAUGGUAUUGAUCUUGAUGUAGACACAACUGGACCUAUUAGAUUAUUAAAAGGUGGACAAGGUGGUUUGGGUAAUAUGCAUUUUCUAACAAGUAUGAUUAGAAACCCACGGUUUGCAAAGAAGGGUAGACCCGGGCUGGAAUGUUGGUUUCUUGUAGAGUUGAAGAUUAUUGCAGAUAUCGGAUUAAUUGGAUUUCCUAACGCAGGGAAAUCUACAAUUUUGAAUAGAUUGUCGAAUGCCAAACCUAGAAUUGGGCAUUGGGAAUUCACCACAUUAACUCCGAGUAUCGGUACUGUAUCAUCAGGAAUCAUAGGCGCAGAUGAUACUUUUACUGUAGCAGAUAUCCCUGGAAUAGUCAAGGAUGCACACCUAGAUCGUGGAAUGGGAUUAGAUUUUUUGAAACAUAUCGAAAGAUCCACAUGUUGGUGCUUUGUUCUAAGUUUAGAGAGUAAGGAUCCUUUACAAGAUUUUAUGAUAUUAAUAGAUGAAGUCGGGGGUAUUGGGGGCGUCAAGAAGAGGGAAGUUCUUGUGGUGGCUAAUAAGGCAGAUCUUACAGAGUCCGCCGAUACUAUUGUUAGAUAUGACAGACUUUCUCAGUUCUGUAAUGAACAUAAUUGGGAUAUCCUUCCUAUUAGUGCAUUGAAGAAUCAUAACAUAGAUUUGUUAGUACAUAAAAUGAGAAAAUGCGUUACAACUAUGUAA